GGUCCCCGCCCAGUUUCAGGCCCCGCCCCCGGUCUAGCGCUAUCGCUCAAGGCUCCGCCCCGCCCCCCUGGCUACACAUAGCGGCCGCGCUCGGCUCCUCCUCCGCCCCGCGACCGCCCAGUCCUCGCUCAGGCGGGCGACCGGAGAGCUCGCGCGGCGGACGGCGGCGCCCGACUCAGGAUGAGCAGGGGCUUCUCCCGAAAGAGCCACGCGUUGCUGCCCAAGAUCUUCCUCCGCAAGAUGUCGUCCACAGGUGCCAGAGACAAGCCCGAGCUGCAGUUCCCGUUCUUCCAGGAUGAGGCCACUGUGGCUGCGCUGCACGAGUGCAAGACCCUCUUCAUUCUGCGUGGCCUCCCGGGCAGCGGAAAGUCCACGCUGGCACAGGCCAUCGUGGAAAAGUACCGCAACGGCACCAAGCUGGUGUCGGCUGAUGCCUACAAGAUCAUGCCCGGCCCUCGGGCCCCCUUCUCCGAGGCAUACAAGCAGCUGGAUGAGGACCUGGCUGCCCACUGCCGCCGCGACGUCCGGGUGCUGGUGCUGGACGACACCAACCAUGAGCCCGAGCGGCUGGAGCAGCUCUUCGACCUGGCCGACCAGUACCAGUACCAGGUGCUGCUGGUGGAGCCCAAGACAGCGUGGCGGCUGGACUGUGCCCAGCUCAAGGAGAAGAACCAGUGGCAGCUGUCAGCUGACGACCUGAAAAAGCUCAAGCCCGGCCUGGAGAAGGACUACCUGCCACUCUACUUUGGCUGGUUCCUGACCAGGAAGAGCUCCGAGGCCCUCCGAAAGGCUGGCCAGGUCUUCCUGGAGGAGCUGGGCAACCACAAGGCCUUCAAGAAGGAGCUGCGACACUUUGGCCCUGGGGAUGAGCCCCGGGAGAAACUGGACCUGCUAGCCUACUUCGGGCAGAGGCCCCCCGGCGUGCUGCACUGCACCACCAAGUUCUGCAACUACGGCAAGGCGCCGGGCGCCGAGGAGUAUGCGCUUCAGGAUGCAGUGAAGAAGGCCUACGGCAGGGCCUUCACCCUGACCAUCUCCGCCUUCUUUGUGACGCCCAAGACGGUGGGAGCUCGAGUGGAGCUGGGCGAGCAGGAGUUGCAGCUAUGGCCAAACGAUGUGGACAAGCUGUCCCCCUCUGAUAACCUGCCACGUGGUAGCCGCGCCCACAUCACCCUGGGCUGCGCGGCCGACGUGGAGCCAGUUCAAACAGGGCUCGACCUGCUGGAGAUUGUGCGGCAGGAGAAGGGCGGGAGCCGGGGCGAGGAGGUGGGCGAGCUGGCCCGAGGCAAGCUGCUGUCCCUGGGCAGUGGGCGCUGGGUGCUGAGCUUGGCCAAGAAGGUGGAGGCCAGGGCCAUCUUCACAGGCUACUAUGGCAAGGGCAAGGCCGUGCCCACGCACAGCGGCCGCAAGGGGGGCGCCCUGCAGGCCUGUGCACUGCUCUGAGGGCGAGGCCUGGCCCAGCAGCUGGGGGCACCUGUGCCUGAUCUGCAUUUCCAGGUUUUUUACUUUGUUAACCACCUGUAACUUUUUAAACGCUGUACAGUAACCAUCUGGCCCCAGACACCUUCUGCUAACACCGCCUAGGCCAUGCCCACCACAUGUGGCCAAGGCCAGGUAGGUCUAAGACUUGCAGCCUGUAGCCCUGGCCUCUGGUACCAGGUGGAGUUCCUGGCCCACAGGCCCUCUCCUUCCUCUCCUGCCACAUGUGGUAGCAGCUCUUCUGGGAAGGAACACAGCCCAGAAAGGGUAGGAAAGGGAUGUCUGCAGCUCUGGCUGCAGGUGACUUGGGGCCUCCUCUCCAGGGGGACGGUGGCACCCAGGCCAGCAGGGACCACAGCUGGCAUGCCCAUGGCCCCACAUCCCUGCUCAGUAACCUGCUUGCUAACGGCAUCACUUGGGGCAAAGCACCAGGGUAUUAUUGUCCCGGUCUCAGCCUGGCUCAUUGGCAACUUGUAGACUGACAAUGAAAUAAAUCAGUUAAUCCCA